GCUUGGCCUGCUGUGUUCAUCCAGCCCUGCACCUUGUUGUCUCUGGUCUACAUUGUGUUUUUUAUUCAAUUCACUGGCCUAGAAAGCGGAGGAGGUGUUUAAUGUAAUGUGAUCCUGGGCGUGAAGGCAUAGGUUGAAAUGCUAGGCAUUUAACCUGUAGUAGUUGGAGGGAACUAAAAAUAUUUAGCAAGGUAUCAAGUUUCCAGCUCCACAUUUUUUUUCAUUUGAGUUGUAAGGCGUGAUUUUGUUUGCAAUUACCACAUUGUGAGUAGCUUUUUAGGGUUCUUGUGUCAGGUAACACCUUCCAAACUGGGAGCUUACACAAGAGGAUGGAAAACUGAACUGUCAGUUCCUGCAAUGUAACUGUAACUCUUGCUGCAACCUUUUGCAUCAGAAAUUCAUUAUUUCAAUCAUCAAAAUACAGAACUCUUGCAUGACCUGUGCAAUCCUGUGUCAGGAAACAGACCUUGCCUGUGAUCUUUACAUGUGGUUAGUUCCUGCCAUUGACCGGGAGAAGUAAUUCCUCUGCCACCCAUCCCAAUGUAGGAGGGGAGGAAGGAAAUAUUGGAGCAGUGCUCCAUGCUGCUGACGUUAGUUUCCACCUUGUGGCUGUCACCAGCUACUCGAAUGGCAUGACUCCAGAGGAUGACUACUAGAAGGGACCACAUUUUUUCCUGGUUUAAGUGGCUGAAAUCAGCAAAUAUUAAUUGGGAAUGAGAAUAGACCAUUCAGCCACCCAAUUUUUGUGUCCUUUUGGUUAGAUCAUGAAUGAUCUGUAACUUAUCCACCUUGGUUCCAUAUCCUUUGCCCUUGCCCGUCAAAUAUCUAUCUAUCUCCAUUUCGAAACAGUGUCACCUGACCUCCAGUCUCCUCAGCAUGUUUUAAGCUGAGUGUUCCAGAUUUACAGUACCCUUUUGUAUGAAGAGGUACUGCACUUCCUAACUUCUGCCUGCUCCAGCCUAACUCCAGGCUUUGCUCCUUAUUCUUCUGGAGAAUGAUUGAUUGAUUUGUUUAUCACUCAGGAUGUUUCCCCUGAUUUGAGACUCGGAAAGGUUUACUGGAAGAAUCCACAGGAGUUUGGGAUUGGGCUCAACCUUGAUACCAGCUCUCACUGUUUGAGCUCUCUAACUGACAGUCAUGACUCAAGCCCAUGGUUCUCUCUUUGAAUGGUGUGGCUGUGGUGUGUACCAUCUGCAUAUGGCACUGCAGUCAGUGUCUCUAGCAAUACCUCCCAAGUUGUCAACUUCCACAGAGAUGGUCAGCAGGUGUAUGGAAAUGCCACUAUCUCUGAACUCCCCUCCAAGCCAUAUACAAUGCAGAAUUGGAAAUAUAUACACUGUACUUUUGAUCUCCACAGAAGCUCCUGAACAUUGCUUUGGCAGCACUUUUCAAUACACAAAUCACAGUGGCUCACCAUUCUCUAGGGCAAUUAUGCAUGAACAGUAAGUGUCUGCUUUGUCAGCGAAUACAUUUUUGUAAAAGCCUAUAUCUUGCAGGGAGCUGGUGAGAGAUGUGUGUUGUGUGUUCUAGCGUUUUGUCGAACUACUCAUGACUUCACACCACUAAUGUUUGUUUAAUGAUGUAUUAUUGUGUGUUUAUAUACUCACUGUUGUUCUUAUUUCUUGCUAGUAAUGGACUGUCAUCUUAAAAGCUGACUUGCUCAUAUUUUACUUGCAUACUUUUUUAAAGGGCAUCAGAACUCGGUCAGCUGCUUCCAGUAUCCCUGUGUUUGAAAUAGGGCAAUAGCUAGAAGCACAGGCAUACGGUUUCUUGUCUUCAAAUGGGGAGUUUCCAAGAAAGCAGAUCUCCCUCCAACUCUUUGAUAUUAGUUGGUGUUAUUUUUUAAAGAAAAUGCCACCCAAAAACUUUCGGCUUGCUUUUCACUUCAAAGUAAGUAACCUUUUGCGAACUGGAAGCACAUUGCAGCUGUCAAAGAUUUCUUACCCUCUCCAUAGUGAUUUUGAAAGGAAUUUUUUUAGAACUCAUAUUGGUUUUAGGAAAUAGAAAUGUAGAGGUGUACCCCAAACCUCGACAGUUGAUUCUCUAAUGUUAAAGAAACUACUUUUGUGUGUCCUCUCCAACAGACUGAACAGCAGAUUCAGGAAAUAGAAAACAAAUGACCCUUUCUGCGUUGGGGGGAGAAAUGAGUGAAAUGUUUGGCUGUCAAAGUGCUAUUGCAGUUCUCAAAGGGUUAAAUCAUUUCAACCACCCAUAGAAAAACCUGAAAUAAUUUACUUAAUGUCUCUGGGAGUUGGAUUUCUCAUACUUUGUUCUGACAAUUACUGUGACUGAAUAUGUGCUGUCCCACCUCCUUCCCCCACCCGCUCCCCACACCUCCUGCUGCGUAGACUACCUCUGGAGAUCAUGACCGUCGUCUGUCAGUGUGAGGAUAUAGAAACCAUUGAGGGGGUCCCUGUAUAUGUUACAGGGGUCGCACAGGAUGUCCCUUGAGAUUAUGACGCUUCAGCCCAAGUGUGAGGAUGUAGAGACCGCAGAGGGGGUAGCACUAACUGUCACAGGGGUCGCUCAGGUGAAGGUAAUGACUGAUAUGGAUCUGUUAGCUGUGGCAUGUGAGCAGUUCCUGGGGAAGAGUGUACAGGAGACCAAAAGUGUGGUGUUACAAACCCUCGAAGGACACCUCCGAGCUAUCCUGGGGACACUGACUGUUGAAGCCAUUUAUCAGGACCGGGACCAGUUUGCCCAGCUAGUGCGUGAAGUGGCUGCUCCUGACGUUGGCCGCAUGGGAAUCGAGAUCCUCAGCUUCACUAUCAAGGUGAAAAAUAACGCAACACACCUCAAACACAGAUUCAUCUGUGGCCACUUUCUGUUUCACCUGCUAUUUGCUUUUCAUGAAGGUAAAAUUCUCCCUUUAGCUGGAUCCAAUUCCUGCAAAGAGUUGAAAGAGAUGAGGGCUCUUGUGAUGCAGUGGACAUGUCCCUCCUUCUGAACCAGGAGGCCUAGG